GCUGUGUGUGUGUCUGACUCGUCGGGUGUGUCAGUGUAGUUGACUUUUUCCCCCAAUCCUCUCGGUUCUAUUCCCGCCCUAUAACACUGUGAGUCCCCCCUCCACCCCUGGCAGUGUUUCUCUCUUUUCAGAUAGCACUUCUCUUUCCUCUGCACUCUGCUGCCUCCUCUCCAGGCAGUGCCCUUGAACCUCACACGUCCUACGAGAGCAUCCACGCUCCAUAGACACCCCUCACCCAGUGCAGGAUGGACCCACUGCCUCUGAUCCUCUACCUGUGUGCAGUGCUGGCACCGAGCCAUGGAUUCAACGUGGAUGUGGAGGGACCCAUUACCUUCCAGGAGGCAGCAGAGGGGUUUGGGCAGAGCAUGUUGCAGAUCGGGAGUGCCAGCGGCGGGGGGCUGAUUAUCGGGGCCCCGCUACAGACAGGAAACGUGAAUAAAACAGGCAAAGUCUACAAGUGCGACCCGGGCUCCAGACGCUGCCAGGAGAUCCCCAUCCAAAGGUCCCCGGAUGCCAUGGACAUGUCCCUCAGUUUGUCUCUGGCUGCCCGAGGCUCCCAGUUCCUGGUGUGCGGCCCCAAAGUGCAUCAGGCCUGUGGGGAGAACAAGUACGUCAGUCACAACUGCUACCCCCUGCAGCAGAGCUUCUCGCAACUCCAGCGCAUCCCGGACACCCAGCCAGAGUGCCCCAAACAUGUCGCAGACAUAGCGCUCCUCAUCGACGGCUCGGGCAGCAUCGCACCUGUGGACUUUGGAAAGAUGAAGAUGUUUGUAUCUGAAAUCAUGAAGCGUUUCCGCAAAACCGACACGCAGUUCGCCCUCAUGCAGUACUCCAAUAAAUUUAAAUUGCACUUCAACUUCAUGGAAUACAGGGGGAGUCGUGACCCUGAUCACCUUCUCCAAGGGGUUGAGCAGCUUCAUGGAACGACGCACACGGCCACAGCCAUCCGGAAAGUGGUGCGGGAGCUGUUCACCUCUGGGAAAGGCGCUCGGGGUGAAGCCACCAAGAUUCUCAUGGUGAUCACAGAUGGACAGAAAUACAAUGACCCACUUUCUUAUUCGGACGUCAUACCUGAGGCUGAGAGAGCUGGGGUCAUCCGCUACGCCAUCGGGGUCGGCAGUGAAGGCCAACAGGAGUUCCAGGAGAUCGCCUCUGAGCCCACCAGGAAGCAUAUCUUCGGGGUGGACAAUUUCAACACCCUCGAGUGCAUCGAGACCCACCUGCAGGACAAGAUCAUCAUCUUAGAAGGUUAUUCAUCUCAGGUCAUCACAGCCAAUGGGCAGACCACCUACAUGGUCGGGGCCCCUCUAUGCCAAGGCACCGGCAAAGUCAUCCUGUUCAGCAGAGAUACCAAGGGUGGGGAAUGGACACCCAGAUCAGAGCUGUUGGGAGAGCAGGUAUGGGGAGCGUUACAGAUUGGCUCGUAUUUCGGGAGUACACUCUGUGCUGUGGACCUUGACAGAGAUGGGAACACGGACCUGGUUCUAAUCGGAGCCCCUUUGUACCAUACACCUCUGAAUGGAGGACGCGUCUAUAUCUGCCCAAUUAAAUUGCCGGGGACGACGAUGAUCUGCACCAAGACACUACAUGGGCAGACGGGGGAAGUGUCUGGGCACUUCGGGGCCAGCAUGUCUGAAAUCGGGGACAUCAGCGGGGACGGACAGACGGAUGUGGCCAUCGGGGCUCCCAUGGAGAAUGACAACCGCGGGGCCUUGUACAUCUUCCAUGGGGAAAAGGGAGGCCUCAGUCCCCAGUACAGACAGCGCAUAGUGGGGUCACAGUUUCCCAGCAAGCUGCACUACUUUGGCCAGGCUGUCAGCAGCGGGACAGAUCUGACGGGGGACGGACUGCCGGACAUCGCGGUGGGGGCACAAGGGCAGGUCCUGCUGCUGAGGUCCCGGCCGGUGCUCAGAGUCAGUGUCUCCAUCAGCUUCCAGCCUCCAACCAUCCCCACCUCGGCCUUCAACUGCCAGGAGCAGGAGCAGCUCAGCACAGAGGCCAGCAGGGCAGAGGUCUGCUUCACCGUCACUAAGAGCACCAUGGACAGCCUAGGUGACGGGAUCUACAGCAUCAUCCAGUACAGCCUGGCCCUGGACCCCGGGUGGACGAAGAUCAGAGUCACCUUCGACUCCACCAGCCCCGUCCUGAGCAGGGAGCUGCGGCUCAGCAUUGAGAAGAAAUGUGAGACGUACCGGAUAAUGUUACCUCUCUGUCCCGAAGACAUUCUGACCCCCAUCACCCUACGCUUCAACUACACCCUGACGGGGGAGCCCAUCACUGCCGCCGGAGGCCUCAGACCCAUCCUGAGCGAGGACUCUGCGCUGGUGUCUGCAGGCUUGCUCCCGUUUCAGAAAGACUGCGGCGCGGAUGGCCGCUGCGAUGACCAGUUAGCAGUCGCCUUCAAUUUCUCUGGCUUGAGCACCCUGGUGGUGGGGGUCACCCCCGAACUCAACAUCACCGUCUCCAUCCAGAAUCAUGGGGAGAAUUCCUACAGCACCAGGGUGCAGUUCUUCUACCCGGCCGCGCUGUCCUACCGCCGGGUCCUGCUGCUCCAGUCUAACAGGAGGGCUGUGGCCAUUAAGUGCAGCUCAGUGGAGGGCUCAGAGGAACAUUCUCAAAGGAACAGCACCUGCCACAUCAACCACCCCAUCUUCUGGAGCGGAGCCGAGGUUGUGUUUGUUGCCACUUUCGAUGUCUCUUCUAAUGCCGCCCUGGGAGACAGGCUGCAGAUCACAGCCAAGGCCAGCAGUGACAAUGGCGGCCCCAUCACCGAGCGCAUGAUUCACCGGGCGGAGCUGCCAGUCAAGUACGGUAUCUUCAUCAUCCCCACCAGCCUCAAGGAGUCGACCGAGUACGUCAGCUUCUCUGCCAAGAAGGCAGGGACAAGCGUGCCAGUGACACAUACGUACGAGGUCAAGAACCUGCGGCAGCGAAGCGUCCCCAUCUCGGUCACGUUCCAGUUCCCCGUGGAGCUGAGCGGGGUCCGGGUGUGGGACGCCUCUGAAGUCGUCCCCUCCAAGCCCGAGCUGGCUCAGUGCAACAGUGAGGCUGAAACGCCCGGUUUGAAGGACUUUGUGAAGCAGAUGAGCGAUCGCCCCCUGCUGGACUGCUCCGUGGCCACCUGUAAGAAGAUCCGGUGCAGAAUCGCCUCCCUGGAAAUGCAGCAGCCGCUGGAGUUCAGGAUCAAAGGGAACGUCAGCUUCCAGUGGGUCUCCCAGACACAGCAGCAGAAAGUGAGUCUGGUGAGCGAGGCCCGGAUUGAAUACGAGGAGAAGAAAUACACCCAGAAGGAGGGAUUCGUCCAGCGCCAGGUGCAGACGGUGGUGGAGCGCUCCGAGGCCUAUAACUACCUGCCCAUCAUUAUGGGCAGCAGUGUGGGGGGCCUGGUCCUGCUGGCUCUCAUCACCGCAGCCCUCUACAAGCUCGAUUUCUUCAAGUGCAAGUACAAGCAGAUGAUGGAGGAUGCUGUGAAAGGCGAGAGGUCUCGCCUGACCCUGAGUGCAACAACUGGCAACCCCCCUGCUUCCGAUGCCCCCAAACAAUAGCCCCUCAUGCACUCCCCUAGAUGGGUCACAGAACCCCCAAAUUUUAAUUGCUGAAGCUGGGCACGCUCACUCUGCCCUCCUCCUUGUCCCGCUCCCCCCACCGGCAUGAGUUGCCAAUGUUGCUCCCCCCCCAGCUUUGCCUCCCUCUGGGUUGUUCCAGAUCCACCCCCGCCCCCUUAUGUUUGCCACCUCCAAGAUGCAGAGAGACCGGCCAUUGCCCAUCCCCCAACCAACAAAAGAGAUCCUAGUGCCAACUAGAGCUAAUUGUUACUCAAAUUACGCUGGGCAGAAUUCUAUUUACCUUUUUAUAAUUUGGAUGGAGAACACUGAGGUUAUCUUUCUAGGCAUUUUUUUUAGAAUUCUAUUGAUUUAAAUUUUGAUGUGGAAAAUUCUGGGUUUUAAGCAUCCCACCCCCAUUUUUAUCAAUUUAAAUGAUCCCAGUUGUGGGAAUUUGUGUGUGUCGGGGGUCAGGCCAGAUGUGAAGGUCCGACAGUUAUUUAAUGGCAGUAGAGGUUGAGAUUCAAAAAGUUAAAGCUUUAUAACUAUGCUGGGAAGGAUGGAUUUUUAUUGGUACAUGUUGAAUUCAUCACACACAGGCAAACUGCGGACAAAAUAUUUCCAUCGCUAAUACAGGUCUGUCUCAUCUUACGCUGGGGUUACGUUCCGCAGUCAGCGCCUAAAG